AACAGUUGAUGGCGCUAUUCACGUUUUCAACCACAACAUGAUCAGCACGAGAAGAAGUGUGACGCUGAAGAGGGAAAUCCGAAAACACUCGUCUCUGAGCGCCUUUUCCUCUCUGAGUUUACGAGUUUUUAAUUCUUCAGUGAGUACAACGUGUGUGACAGAAUGCAGAGAGCUUCCCGUUUGAAGCGUGAACUUCAGAUGUUGAGCACUGAGCCUCCUCCUGGGAUAACAUGCUGGCAGACCGAGGAGCGGAUUGAUGACCUCCGAGCACAGAUCGUUGGUGGUGUAGGAACUCCUUAUGAAGGUGGACUCUUCUCCCUGGAGGUGAAGAUCCCAGAAAGGUAUCCAUUUGAACCUCCAAACAUACGCUUCUUGACCCCAAUCUACCACCCAAACAUUGACAACUCAGGACGAAUUUGCCAUGAUGCUCUUAAGCUCCCACCAAAGGGUGCCUGGAAACCAUCUCUAAAUAUCUCCACAGUCCUCACCUCAAUCCAACUGCUCAUGGCUGAGCCCAAUCCAGAUGACCCGCUUAUGGCUGACAUAUCAUCAGAGUUCAAGUACAACAAAUACCUCUUCACAGAGAAGGCCAAGAAGUGGACACAGGAACAUGCAAUUCAGACAAACAAAAGCGUUGUGGAAGACAACAAAGAAAAUGCUCCGGAUCAGAAAUUAUCGUCUCGGAAACGGGAUGCACUAUGUUCCCAGCAGGAGGCAGAAGAACCGCUGAAGAGACCUUGUGUGUAGUUUUCCUCAUUCAGUUGUUUUAGCUGUCUGAUCUUGGUUAGCACAGCAUCUGCAUCCUUUAUUUUUGCUUUCUUGUUCUAACGUGUUGCUUAUAUGUUGACUAGAUGCAUUUCAUGAACUGAAUCUUUAUAAGUUAACUGUGUGUUUCUGUGUAUAAUAAAAGUUUGAAGAUCUACA